AUGAGAGACGAUACCGAUGCCGACGAAACGUUUGAAGACCUUGCUAUGGACUCUUAUGAUGAGAGUUUCUCCUUUGACGAGGGUUCUUUUGAUGAGAAUGAAAACACGCUUACGCUUGAUGCAUUUUUUGAAAUCACAUUCGGAUUGAGUCCGCUGGAUUUUGAUUCCACUCGAUUUAUCGCGGAAGAAUUGACGGUAGAAACAGUGAGGAAAUACGUGAUACACGCUCUCCAAAACUCCUCGCACGGAAUUUUGCGAGGCUUGUUUCCUUAUUUAAUCGAUAUCCUUAGCCGCACAGUUUCCCUUCGCAAAUUGGUCGAUUGUAUUCGCCAAGUUAACCGACACAAUCCUAAUCCUCUCUUGGCUUGUUUAGCAACCUGCACCGGCCGUGAUUUUUUGGUCGCUUUCUUGGAUCAAGUACCAGAAAAGGCUAUGCCCACAAUGCUAGGUACUCUCGUCUCUUCUAACAUACCUAUUCCAAUACUUUUGACCGAUCAGCCGAAACCAUGCCCUAAAGGUCAGAAGGUUCUCACUGCGUUGCGUGAAGUGAUAAUGGCAAAAAAGUAUUGCCUUUUUCUCUCAUUCAACUUAACAACUAGCGAAAUAAGUCCCCCUUUUUCGAAACAGUUGUAUCCAAUUUUGUGCGCCAAUCGGGAAGAUACCAUGUCUAUUUCUCAUCCCGGAUCAAUUGAUAUCUCUUUUCAUUCAGCAUCUGAAAACCACAUCCGACAACCGGUUGCAAUAGCUGAAGUAUAUAAUAGCAAAACGCCGUCCCAAUUCAUGAAUGGUGUUGUGAAUGGUCUCUCCCAGUACGCUUUCUUUCUAAUUAUUCAUGUCUCUGAUGAUGAUUUUGUUGGAAACGAAAUCAGCCAGGAACUAGAAAAUCAAAUACAUAUGAUUUCCACGAAACGAUGUGCUAAUGAAAAACGCAAAAUUUUAGUGUUAUAUAAAGAUACCCAAAAAAUGAAGGAUCACAGAGCACGCGACACAUUGAACAAACGAAAGUUUUUGAUCGAACGAAUUCUUAAAUCAAGAUUUGGUAAUGACGAGAUUAGCUUUAAGAGACUCUCGGCAUCUAAAGGUCAACAGCAAUUAGAUGAAUUAAAGGCAGAUAUAUUCAAUGCUAUUUUGAGAGUGAAAGAACAAUAUUUGUACCCAUAUCUCUCAUUCAAUGUCUCAACCAGUUUACAUGAUAUUACCCAAAUUGUUGUUUGGCCCCAUGAUAUGUCUGGCAGGUAUUUUGCCCAAUGUAUGCAAGACGCCGGCUUCAUCAGUGGCCUUAGUAGUUUUCGGCGCCGUCAAAUUUUCCCCGCCUCAUAUGUUGAGCACGAAAUUGAAAAUCUUAGAGAUAAGAAACAUUUGACAACUUGUGAGGAUAACCGCAACUUCAUAUCUGAAGCGGAAUUAUGCCAGAAAAUUAAAAAGUUUGAAUCAACUAAAUUAGCCAUAGGCGAUACGUCACCAUUAUCCAUACUGUCUUUAUUUGUGGAAGGAAUUAAAGAAAAUGAUAUAUUUAAAAUGCGCGCAUUUGCUCGUAAUGUCGAUGAUUUCUUUAAAGCGCAUUUACAUGAACUCUCAAUGUUAGAUCAAUCCGAAGAUUCUGCUCGGCAACAUAUCAAACAGCAGAUUGAAGAUAAUGAUAUUUCAAUUCAUGAUUUUUGGCGGGAGUUUGUUAUUCUCGCGAAUAUUACAGUCACGAGGGAGAUUUCUGUUUCUCAAAAACUCUAUUCUGUUGAUAUCAAGACUCUGGAGAACGCCUAUCGAACUUGGGUAAUAGAAGGCGAGGCUAUGCAAAUGUUAGACGGAUUAUCGCUUCGAGCACUUGAUACUGAUUUUCUAACAAAGGUCUUGACAUCAAUAAUGACGGAUCCAAACCGUCAACUUCUUGUCAUAUCUGUAAUCGGCCUGGAGAGUUCAGGCAAGUCUACCUUGCUUAAUUAUCUCUUCAAAUGCGGGUUUUCAACUGCGGCUGGGCGAUGUACAAAGGGAAUGUAUAUGUCAUAUCGCCAUUCUAUGUUUAACGGACAACCGAUUGAUCUCCUUAUACUGGAUUCAGAGGGCAUGGGCUCAACGGCUCAGAAAUAUAUUACCAGGCGUACAAGUUUUGACAAGAAAAUCACGUUGCUUGCUUUAAUGUGCUCCCAAAUUGUCAUCAUUAAUACCAAGGGCUUAACGCGUGAUAUCGCCAAUAUUCUUGAGGUUUCCUCUUAUCAUUUGGAUGCAUUGAAAGCAAGCAGAUUAAAACCUAGAUUACAUUUUGUAUUGCGUGAUAUGAUGGAUAAAGCCGAAGUCCAAAAACCAGCUUUUCUAGACAUUCGCACAAGUCUCGAAGAAAUGUUUCGACAAAUUCCUGGCUGCACAGAAGAUUUAGACGACUUUAUGACGGUAGAACAAAAGGAUGUGCACCUUUUGGUGAAUGCCUUUUCAUCCUUCAAUGAUGACUUUCGACCACGAGUUGAUAUUAUCUCGGAAACUGAAAAUAUACAUGAGACUUUCCCUAUCAAAGUAUCAAACUUGCGUAAAGACCUUCUUGCAUCAGCUCUUGAUUCAACUCACGUUCAAGAGACUAAAAUGUUUGAUAAUGUCAACGGCUUUAUUGUACAGAUGAAAACAACAUGGGGCAUGAUUGAUGCCAGGGGCAGUUUCCUCCACUUCAAUGACUUUAAAGAAAUUCAAAAGUGGAAUGCAAUGCAAGCAAUUGUCCAAAUGCUCCAAAAGAAUUUGAAACCAUUUCGGGAAGAAGUGAACGAAUGCAUAAAGGUUCACAUUAGGAAGCUUGAAGCGAAUUAUAAUCAAUCAGAUCAAAUUCAUAACGAGUUUAUGGCGAAGCUAUCUAGUAUUGAAAAAAAACACCGUGACAAAUCGCUUCUCGAAUUUGACCAGCAAGCUGCAAAUCAAUUUGAUGCUAGAAUUAAAGAUGAAGGACGAAAUCUGGUUCAUAACAUGUUCGCCACCGAUAAACUCAGUCUCGAAGCAAAAUGGUGUGAAGAGGAACGUAAAUACAACGAGAAGGCACUAAUAAAUAAUGCAGUGAAAGACUUUGGCGAUCAAAUCAAAAUUAAUUCAGCUCAUGAUUUGGAAGAGUUGAGACGUGACCAAAAUAAACGUGACCGACUAUUUGAUGAUACGUGGAAGAAAGUGAAACAAUCUCAUGAAGAUUUUAUGGAAAAAAUUGAAAAUUCUAGCCAGCUUGAACAACUAGUGAAUUCAUUUAAUGAAGCAAUCAAAGGGGGUCAGAGCACAGUCGAUUCUCGAAAUCCAGGUUUUCAACAAAGAUUCCACAGGAAAUUCUGGAUGUCUCUUGAAAUGCCCGCAGUUUUGUCUACGGAGGGUAUCGUAAUGAACUACGAUGUCAUACACACGCGAAUCGCUAUAAAAGCUCAAGGUAGGACAGCUCAAGUUCUUCAAACUUGUAGGCUUGCUGAUAAUACCUCAGUCAAAAACGAGGCUGCUCAGAAUGUUCUCAAAGAGGUCGAAAAAGUUACGAAUGCAAUUUGCACUGAAAUCAAGGUGGAAAAAUCUUUGCGAAUCGAAUAUGGAAAGACGCAUAGUUGGCUUCAGAGAUUAUGCGAUGGACUUUUCAACGUUAUUGGAAAUUUGAGCAAUCCCCAGGCCAGAUAUUCACCAGAGAUUAGUGAUUUCAAUCCAAUCGAGAAAUAUUUGCGGCUAGAGGUAUACAAAACUCUAAGCCAAAACUUGAAAGAAUGGCGCUCUGAACAAAAGAAAAAACUCGAAGCUCUAAAAGAAGAACUCCAAUCAAGUUUCAAUAAUCUCUUAUUAGAUCACUCUGCUAACAAUCUGUCUUUGGAAUUAACUAAGCACAUCCUCGGGAAGGUGACCGAAAGUCUUUCAACCCAUGAAUCAACAAUUAAAGAUGAUGUUGAAAAUUACUUGCAAGCAAGUUGGGUGAAUAAGUUCGGUGCGACCCAUUGGGCGCAUAAGCGAAGUUUCGGUAACAGGGAUCAUAACGCCGUCCGCGAAUAUCUCACCGACCUCGACAAGUUUGCCCGGAAAAUUUUUAACGAGGAAAGCAAUCCCAGGAUCAAUACACUAGUGAAUGACAAGAUUAAAGAGAUUAAGAAAAAAAUCAAAGACAUAGAAGCAAUUCUCAUUGCGGAAAUUACCAACGUGUGGAGUCUCGGCGCAAAGUCUAAUAUCAAAGCUAUGGUUGAAAAAUCUCGGGGAAAAGCCGCGUACAAUUAUGUCGAAAGAUUCUCGUCCGUUUUUGGUGAAUACAUUGUUGAAGAUCCCAGGAAAUUUUGCGUAAUUUUCAAAAAACAAUUGAAGAAAAAGUUCGUCGAGCUUCACGACAUAUGGGAAACUGAGGAGCAUCUCGAUACAACGAAGAGACGUAUUCAGUGCCGUGCCAAUGAAACAAUCGAAGCGAAAUGGGACACCUUGGAAGGUUGUACUGCGCGUUGUCCCUGCUGUGCUGCAAAGUGUGAAGACAUCAAAGGCACCAAUCAUACGCAUCAUACAUCUACACAUGUGAUGACAGCUUUUGGGGGUUGUCGCACCGAGCACACGAGAGAAGUAACCUUAUAUAUUUGUUCUGAACAAGCAGCUCACGAUACUCGAUGGAAAUAUUAUACAACUGGUGGCAAAUAUGUUGAAUUAAACACGUUGAUGACCCUCAACCAACCCCCCUGGCAAAUAAUAGUACCUAAACCUAGUACGGAUAUUGAAAUAAGCAAUAUGCGCGCUGUGUGGUGGAAGCUUAAAGAUGAAUGGUGUAAAAAAUAUGGUAUGGUAGACGUAACACCAGCCGAUUGGGUUAAAUAUGCCAAAUGA